AUGUCUGAAAACGUCUUAUACGUCAAGAAGAACUUACAAAUGAGGUUGUAUUCAAUAACUUCCGGAAAGCUGAACCAAUGCUUUCAAACUGACGUGGUUAAUGAUGUCGCCGUUAUUGGCGUCAAACAUCACCACAGACUCCUUUUGACGAUUUUGACGGUUCUGCGUUACGUCAAGGACAACGACAAUGCCCUUCUUACUACAGAACAUGCACAGUCUGUGCUUGAUACCAUUGGCGAAAUCGCUCCUAACCUAAAUACCACGCUUUCUCCACCUCAACUGCUCAAUGCUAAGGCCUUGCUUAUCCUUGCAACACCCACCAGUCUACCUGUGGCCAUCGAAAACGCUAUAAGCUUACACCAAAUAGCAAAAACUCAGGUUGUGGUUGCUGGGGUCGACUCGGUGGUGCCCAAUGGCGUCCGUUCAGGGCUUUCUGAGCUCUGGCUUGAUGAGUAUAUGGAUAUAUCAGAUUCGGUGCAUUUGAAUGAAAAGGACCAUAAACAGCCGCUUAGGGAAAGCGACGGGGUCCAUGCUGUGGGCGCCAGGGAGAACUGGAAGACGAUCGAUGCGUCGUUGAAGGUUCAGGUGACAGAAGGUGAAACGGUGGACUUGUCUUUGGCCAAUACAGCGUUUGCAACGAAUACGUUGGCUACGUUGUUCUAUUUCCAACCUAAAGAGCUCCAGGAGGUUACUAAGGAUAAGAAUAUGGGCGAAACGCUUUGUGAGCUUACGGUGAAGCUUCCAGCGUUGGCGCCAGCGCUUUCACGUCCACAGUCUAUGGAUAGAUGGACGCCAUUGGGCGAGGGAGACAACUUGGAGAUUACUGAAUGUACGGGUAAUUUGGUGAAAAAGAUCAAUACCGUGCCGGCCGCCAAGUUUCUUGAAAAUAACGACGAUUUGAUGAGUAUCAAAAGUAAGGAUACAAAGGUGUAUGUUAAAGUGCACCAGAAGGAUGGAAUCAAGAAGUACGAGGUGAUUGCAGGCGGUGGCGGCUGGGGCGCCAAAGCUGACCUUUUGGCGAUUUCGCCAGAGGCCAAGUUGAAGAAAGGCGAUAAGCUUGAGUUUUUCAUGAUCACUCCAGAAGAUAGGUUUAAGGGGUUCAAGACGCAGGUCGUUUCCAACCAGUUUCUCUUUGAGUGUACGCCUGAGGCGACGAAAUAUGAGGAAGCAGUGAAGUCUGAGCAGCUGGUGGAUAACUUGUUUGGGUGUGGCUGUGAACACGGCUUUUUGCAUAAUGGGAUUAAUUGUAAGAGCAUAGCUGCCCAGUUUGCUAAACGGUACCCUGAUGCUUGUAAACGGUAUGAAGCCGUGUGUAAGGAGAAGGGGCCUACUUUGUUGGGUACACUGUGUGUUUUGCCGCCAGAAGGACGCCAGAACGUGUACAUUGCGUGUUUGUUUACAAGCAACUUUGACAAUUCGCCUAGUGACAUUGUGGAGUAUACUAGACAAGCGUUGAUGGACUUGGCUGGGCAACUACUGGUGUUGGAGGAUGUGGAGAGGGAUAAGGAUGGGUUUGUGGUGGUGAAUAUGCCGAAGAUUAACAGUGGGAUAUUUAAUGUGCCGUGGAAACUCACAGAACGGGCGUUGCUUGAGGCUGACCAGCUUCUGUUUAAUAUUUAUGAGGUGUAG